UUCCUCUCGACUCUCGAUCCACCAAACCCGUCACGCUGUUCCAGCCCCGCAUAUAAACUCCACCCACCCCCAUCGCAUCCUCACCCAAGACCCAAGAGCACCGUCGCCGCGGCAUUCGUUCGGAGCAGACGCUCAACUCUCCUAGCUUGUGUAUACACGUCGAUCGUCUAGCAGCGAUGGCCGAGAGGAAUACGACGUCGGCGCGGCCGCUCCUCCGCCGCAUGCUCUCGUUCCGGGAGCCGCUCCUGGUCAUCCCGUACCUGCUCAGCUUCCUCGGCGCCGCGGCAUCGGCCUUCUUCGGAAGCUACUCGUCGUUCCUGCAGUCGUUCGCGAGGUCGCUCUUACCGUCGGCAGCCGCCAAGUGCGCUUACGCGUCACCCGUCGGUGGCGAUCAGUGCGCGCCGUGCCACGGCGGCGACAGUGACGGCACGGACGAGGAAGAGGAAGAAGAGGCAGCGCUGAGCAAGGAGGAUGUGGAGACGAUCAUGGAGACGAUAGGCCUAGCAACUAGCGGGCACGGCGAGGGGUUCGCGACCCGGAUGGGCCACAACGAGGUGUCCAGGCUGUUCGACGCCGAGGAGCCGAGCUUCGAGGAGGUGCGGAGCGCCUUCGCUGUGUUCGACGGCGACCGCGACGGGUUCAUCGGCGCGGCGGACCUUCAGGGCGCCCUGGCGAAGCUGGGGGUCCGGGAGGACGCCGCCGCUUGCCGGGCCAUGAUCGUCGCGGCCAACGGCGGCAGGGACGACGGCAGGAUGAACCUGUUCCAGUUCGUCGGGUUCCUCGAGAACGGCUUGUGCUGAGCCUGAGGAACUGGUUACUUCAUUUUUUCCUUCUUCUUACAGUUGCACUACGGCUCAGCUGGUGGCAGGAGAUGGGAGUGUGUAUUUGGAAACGGUGUUUGUUCUUGUGUUUUUCCUCCUGGCUCUUGCCACGAGUUGGGGGAGUGGAUGGUGCAGCAAUUGACACACUAAUUUCCAAGUUAAUCGAUUAAUGGAACUAAUUUUCCGAUUACAAGGAGCUCA